AUGCCAUUCCUUUGCCUCGAACAACCGGCAAUGCACCCCCAUCCUGUCUCCGCGCUCCCUUCCGCGUUACUCGACCUCACAAUGUUGCGACUAGGCAGCAGUUCUCGGGUGACGGCAGCUGGACUUGCCCGUUGGCAAAGGUCAUCGGGCUGCCGGAGGAUGUACCAGGCCACGGCUCUGCAAACGUCACCACCUCCCAGUUUCGAGGAGUUUCUACAUGGUGCAUCGGCAUUGCAAACCAGGUAUCGAAAAGAGACUGGAUCCUUAGCCGUGAAACCCCCCACGGGAAGCAAACUUUCCCUACACCCCGUGCAGGAACUGGAAAAGCGGGUGCAGGCGUUGGACGAGGCAAUUGAAAGCGGGCAAAUGGAGUUUAGUCCUUCGUUCUACAGCGAGGAGGAGCUCCUGGCUUUGUAUGAAGACGUUCUUUCCACGCCAAUGUCCCCAUCCCAAGAAUCAGCCGACCAGACUGCCUUAGAAGCCGUUCGUCGAGCUGAGGAAGAAGAGGACCAGAGGAUCAUCGAAGCAGCAGAGACACGGCUACUUGACCCGUUCGACAAAGGACAACGCGAACCCGUGGUGUAUCGGCGCAUAUUAAGUCGUGUGCACGAAAUUCUUUCUCGCAAAGAAGCCAUACAGAAUCUACUCAAAGCCUCGUCAAGUACGGUUCCGCUGGGUGUACUCUCCAUUCGUGAAUGCGAGGCACUUGUCAGGACUAGCGUGAAAGCGGGUGACGCCCAAGCCGCUGAAAUUGCAUUGAACAUUAUGAAGAGGGAUAAACUAGCUCUACCAGAAAAUUCUGUCACUGAUGUACUCAAACUCUACUCAAAAAGCGGAAAUGCGCAAGCUGCUGACAAUCUUCUGGCCAACUUCUUGACAGAGGCACCCACCGAGUUGCAACGUCACCUCCACGUUCAAGCACAUCUGAAGUCGGAAUCUAUUGACGAACUUCCAACUUCUGCUUUGGAUCUCCUCCACAACUAUGAAGGCCAAAACGUCCCAGCUCCAAUGCAAACCUACACGGCUGUCAUCACCUCCCUUUUCUCCCGCCCCUCAUCACUCGGCCGAGCCCACGCCUGGGAUCUCUUCUCUCAUAUGCGAUACGUCGCCCACCCGACCCCCGACGCCCUCCUCUACACCCUCAUGAUACGUGCCUGUGCGAACCCAAUAACGACGCGCUACUCUUCCGAGCCCGAAAAGGCCCUCGACCUCUGGACCGAAAUGACCGUCGACCAGAAGAUCCAACCCACCGUCGGGUCAUACAACGCCAUCAUCCUCGCGUGUGCACGUUCCGGCACAAAGACGUAUGUAAACGAAGCAUUCAGGCUCGCCCGGCAGAUGCUGGACUCGCAUAGAGACGCGAGGGGCUACUCGCCAUUCAGGCCGGAUAAGAAGACGUUUUGUGCACUGCUCGAGGGGGCAAAGAGGAUCGGAGACUUGGGCCGGGCGAGGUGGAUUCUAGCAGAGAUGGUUAAAGGUGUCAGAGAGGACGACGUGAAUGGGGUUGAGGCGGAGAUCGAUGAGGAGGUGAUGAUGCACGUGUUCCAUGCGUAUGCGGCGUACAAGCCACCCUUCUCGAGGGCUGCAACUGUUAUCGUCAAGAAUGCGCCACCCGGGUCGAGUUCGAUACGAGGGACAAGGCCAGAGUCCGAGGAGAUACAGAUGUCGGUUCAGGUCGCUGACGGCGUGUCUGCAUCGUCUAGUACGAGCCUCGCAGUUGAAGAAGACGAUGACCGGCCAUCGUUCGCGCACAUCCCGCCACAGAGUCGUGCCGAAGUCAUCCGCGAAGCGAAACUUCUCUUCAACCGCAUCCUGCAAGAUCAGAGUGACGCUGCAUCUUCUGCUACUCUCUCUUUACCCUUCGCCGAGAAGAAAUUCAAGAACGUCGAGCUUACCACCCGUCUGCUAACGUCGUACCUGUCCAUCUUCUACCGUCAUGCGUCCUUGGAAGCGUCGAGAGAGCUGUUUUGGACCCUUUUUGAAGAGGUCGGGGUGCAGAGGAGCGCAAGGACGUACGUGGAGGCGCUGGAACGAUGUGGGAACGCGAGGAGGGGCCCGGAGCGGGAGUCUGUGACGGACUUUGCGGAUGAGCUGUGGGCAAAGUGGAAAGAGGUAGAAGAGGCGGGGUACGGAAAUGGGAAGCCCAUUAAUGCGAGGUUGGUAGAACGAGCGCAUGUGGCAAUGAUUCGUGUGUUGUCAAUUACCGACAACCUCGAUCGUGCGCUCACCCAUCUUCGAUCCUUCGCGGCUAAAUAUCCACCCACCACCAUCCGCAUGCCAAGUCCUAAAUAUGCGUUCCAGUCUACACGCACGUCGCUGCAAGCCGCUCGCCCUCUUGUACGCAUGACCUCCGCGACGGAGGUGCCAGACGACCACGUCCCGCCUCUCAUGACAUUCCGCGACCUCGAGGUGCUGCACCAUCGCCUGAUCGACGAGGAAAGACCCCGCGAUAUCGGGUAUGUGACGUGGUUGUGCAAGGCGUAUCAGGGAUCACUCAGGAUGAGGAGGGAUGGGAGUGUCAAGGCGAAGCCAGGUGCUGGUGGCGUGGAGGAAGGAGGACAGAAGGUUGUCGCGAAGAUUCCAGGCUGUCCGUGA